UGGUGUUCGUCGAUCGCAUUUAGCGAAUAGAUUACUCGCAGUUUCGUACAGUAAAGACGAGGGAACGCUCGUUUCGAAGGUGCAUCGCAAGCAGAAAUUUCGAGAAGAGUCGAUCAGAAGCGGAAGAGACACGCGGCGCGAACAAAACUAGUCUGUCGAUCGCAAGUCAUGCUGUGCGCCUAACCUCUUAGUAACCGCAAGCGACACAAUCACGUUUCUCCUCGCGCUCGGCUCUGUGGUGGUCGAGCGUAUCGCGUGAUUACACACGUGUUUUACACACGAGAGAAAAGAGAGAGAUUCUGCCCGUGCUCACACGCACGUUGUUAUCUGUGUGUUUUCCAUCGCCCCGAUAACCGAUGUCCGCUGGCAUGUUCUUCACGACGACAGCGAAGCCGUUCAUCCUGCGAUACAUUCUCGCGUACAACGAACCUUGUGCACUUUGUUGGAGAUCGAAUAAACUGAAAUAGUGUUUACUGCAACUGCUAUAUGUGAUUGCAAUUGCGGAUCUCGAUCGACUUAUUUUUUAUAAAUAUAGUUUAUUCGACGUAUGUAUAUAUAUAUAAUAUAUUGUAUCGUCAUCCGUUCACGCUGUUCAUUGUUGUCGCGAUAUUCCGGAUACCAUUGAGAACAUCUCAUUUAUAACAUUUAGAAAGCACAUAUAUGUAUAUUUGUACAUAAGUCACACAUACGGUGUUUGUGUAUAUGAUUUUUGUAUUGUACAUAGCAGCUAGUAACAAUGCGUCUUAUCAGUGUAGAAAAGCUCAACAAGAUUCAGAACGAUGCCACAUGUAUCAGAAACAUAUGUAUAUUGGCGCACGUGGAUCAUGGAAAAACCACAUUGGCGGAUUCACUUGUCGCGAGUAACGGCAUCAUCUCUAACAAGUUGGCUGGCAAGCUUCGAUAUCUGGACAGCAGGCAGGAUGAGCAAGUACGCGGGAUCACGAUGAAAUCCAGCUCGAUAACGCUGUAUCAUGUUACCAACAAAAAGGAUCAUGUGAUAAAUCUGAUUGAUUCUCCAGGCCAUGUGGACUUCUCUUCCGAAGUGUCAACGGCUGUCCGACUCUCCGACGGAGCUUUUAUUCUGGUCGACGUGGUCGAAGGUGUGUGUCCGCAAACACGUAGUGCACUGUCCAUCUGCUAUGUAGAAGGUUUGAAGCCUAUUUUAUUGCUUAACAAAAUUGACAGACUGAUCACGGAAAUAAAAUUGACGCCUUUGGACGCCCAUGUACGUAUGACGCAAGUUCUGGAGCAGGUUAAUGCUAUUAUGGGCGAGUUGUUUGCGAGUGACGUGAUGGAACGUGAGGAACGAGAGGAAACAGUCGCGACAUCAGACAAGAUAAAUGAGGGAGAUUCGUCUGAUUGGCAGUCGGUACUGGAGGAAUUAGACGAUUCACAUCUGUACUUUUCUCCCGAGAAAGGAAACGUUCUCUUCACGAGCGCGUUGGACGGCUGGGGAUUCGGUAUAAAGGAAUUCGCGAAGAUCUAUUCGAACAAACUGGGAUUCAGCGAGAAGAUUCUGCGUAAAACACUUUGGGGAGAUUUUUAUAUAAACAGCAAAACGAAGAGGAUCAUGAAAGGAGCUCAAGAAAAGGCCAAGAAGCCACUUUUUGUUCAGUUUAUUUUGGAAAAUAUUUGGGUGUUGUACGAGACCAUAGUGGUGCGAAAAGAUAAAGAUAAAUUGCCAACUAUGGCGGAAAAGUUAAAUAUUAAAUUGACAACGCGGGAUUUAAGGCACACGGAUCCGAAGGCUCAGUUGCAAGCCGUUUGCUCGCAGUGGCUUCCUUUAGCGCAGACUUGUCUCGACACAGCGUGCGAGAAGAUUCCCGCGCCGAAUUGCUUGACUGACGAAAAGAUCGAACGAUUGAUCAGCGGAAAUAACGACUUCUUCGCUCUACCUCCUGAAACCCGACAGCUCAAAACGGCAUUCUUGUCGUGCAGUCCGUCACCGAGCGCACCGAUCAUCAUAUUCAUAUCGAAGAUGUUUCCAGUGGAGGACGACAUGCUGCCCGAGAACAGAUCGAAGUAUUUAACACCGGAGGAAUUGGCGCAGAGAAGGGAGAUCGUUCGACAAAAGCACGCGGAACGAUUAAAAGCUACUGCUACCGAAGAACAUGAGGAAAGUACGUGUGACACGAUUGUUUCCAACAACGACAACAGUGUGGAACACGUGAAUGUCACGGACAACAAGUCAGACGGCGCUCUGGUUGCCUUCGCCCGUGUGUAUUCGGGAACCAUCAAGACUGGAGAUGAGGUAUACGUUCUGGGACCGAAGCAUAAUCCCGCCGUUGCUCUGGAACGCGAGAAAGCGGGCGAGGAAGUGGAUCCGUCGCUCGUGCUCAAAGAUUUGAAAUCCGGCCAACAUAUCACGAGAGUAACCAUAAGGAAAUUGUACAUUCUCAUGGGACGAGAACUGGAAGCCGUGAACGAAGUACCGGCGGGCAACGUUCUCGGAAUUGGCGGAUUGGAGGAACACGUUUUGAAAACUGCGACUCUUUCGACGACGAUCGCCUGUCCCCCGUUCACAGAACUAUCCUCUCUCUCCGUUCUCAUUCUGCGAGUAGCUCUGGAACCGAAGCAUUCCACUGAUUUGCCGAAACUUAUCAGCGGCUUGAAAUUGCUGAACCAGGCGGACGUCUGCGCCACCAUACACAUACGGGACAACGGCGAGAUCAUUCUCAGCACAGCCGGCGAGGUUCAUCUCGAGAGAUGUUUGGAAGAUCUUAAAUUACGAUACGCAAAAGUGGAGAUCAAUGUAUCAGAGCCGAACGUGGCGUUUCGCGAAACUAUAGUGCCACCUCCAAAACUCGAUAUGGUGAAAGAGGCGAUCGAGAAAAAGACGGAAGAAUCGACGGUCAACGUUACGUCGCAGAAUCGACAAUGGUUCUUCGAGAUAGAUGCGAAAUCUCUCCCGAAAAAAGUGACAAAAUUAUUGGAGAAGAACGCGAGUCUGAUAAAGUUGUUGAAUAAUUAUUGCGAUAGGCGUCCGGAAGUGAAUGGCGAUCAGGAGGGAUUUUCCGUCGAGGAUCAAAUCAACGUGGCGUUCAUGUCUGACAAGCAGCUGAAGGAAGUAAACGUAUUUAAGAACGAGUUAGAAGCGGCUUUUCUGGAGGCAGGAUGGACGAAUAAUAUAUUGGAUAAGAUAUGGUCGUUCGGUCCUGGCAAAUGUGGGCCCAAUAUCUUGUUGAACGAGACCGAUUACAAGCAGAAAAAAUUCUGGGAGCAGCAAAGUACGAACAGCGAUCCUCGAGCAGUACACGAGAGCAGCCUGGUGAAUGGAUUUCAACUUGCUACUCUGGCUGGGCCUUUAUGCGAAGAACCUAUGAUGGGCGUCUGCUUUAUUUUGAAGAAGUGGAAUCUCUCUGACGGUCCGCACAGUGAUUCCAGCGGUCAGAACCAGGGACAUUUGGGUGGUCAGUUAAUGUCGGCGUGUAAGUACGCUUGUCGGCAAAUCUUCAGCCAGCGACACCCUCGACUGAUGACCGCGAUGUACAGCUGUAGCGUUCUAGUCAACUCCGACGUUCUCGGAAAAUUGUACGCCGCGUUCGGCAAACGGCACGGCCGCAUCGUGUCCACGGAAAAUGCUCACGGCUUCGGCGGACAGUUCAGAGUACUGGCCACCCUACCGGUUCUCGAGAGUUUCCAUCUCGCGAGGGAACUGCGGACGCAGACGUCCGGAUUGGCCAGUCCGCAACUAGUUUUUAGUCAUUGGGAGGUGAUCGAGCAGGAUCCCUACUGGAUGCCGUCGACGGAGGAGGAGUAUCUUCAUUUUGGUGAAAAGGCGGACAGUGAUAAUCGAGCGAAACGUUACAUGGACGCGGUUCGUCGAAGGAAAGGUCUUCCUGUGGACUCUCAACUAGUUACUCACGCUGAAAAACAACGCAAUUUGAAAAUUAAGUGAUUUAGCGAAAUUCCUUUUCUUGCGUGAAGUGUAUUAAUAAAAAACAAAACAAAAAAAAAACAAAACAAAACAACAAAAAACAAAAAUAAAAAAUAGUGCAUUUAUUCCGUCUCGUCCUUUCUCAUCAUUCCUCAACUUGUUGCGCUCAUUGAAGUUUCUUCUCUAGUAGAAUACAAGUUGUAAUUGUAAAGCGCGAAUUUGUACAGAGACGGAGAGAGAGAGGAGAGAGAAAGAGGAAUGAUGUUUUCUUACUUUUACGUACAUAUAAAAGAAAACGAUUGGUUUAUCAUAACAUUUCUGAUUUAUUGUGCCAUUAAGAUUCUUCCAACGGUCAUGAUUGUCCGACGAUUAAGAGACUUCUGUUGUUUGAUUAAAUAUUCUUUUGUGGUAAAUUACUACGCACAUUUGUCUUUAUUACACAUCUCUUACAAUAAACACAUGAGAAUAACACAAUUGAUAUCUUGCUAGUAGAGAGUUUACGGUCAAUGAGUGAAUCAACAUGCAAGAUAUAUUUUCAAACGUGUAAAUUACUACGUAGAAAUCCGAAUUGGAGAUCAAUUUAAAAAUUCUAAGAUGUGUUUGAUUUGCAUCUCGUAUAUAAUUAGCUUCCUUAUAAAAUGUAAAAACUCCAUUGCAAAAAAAAAGCACCGGAUCACAUUGACUGUAAACUCUGUGUUGGUUAGAUAUUAUAAGAGCUUAAAAUUAAUAUCUUAAUCGCAGUUUAAACAAAAUUACAAACUGUUUAUAAAAACAGAAAUAGAUACAUAACUGACACUUUUGUGUCCGACGACGAUUCUUCUGUUGUCCGCGAAUCGCAAAGUGAUAUUCAUAUUUCAAAUAUGGUAUUUACAUUAAUAAUAUCAUUGGAAAAAAAAA